AUGUUAAUGAGUAAGAUACUCCGGAGUAACUCCGAGCUGAUCAUUUCGUCAUUAUUUGGUACAUUGGAUAGGGAUGCUCCGAAGAAACUCCGAGGUAUAACCCACACAAUAUCGGUGUUACUACAUAAAUUAGUAUCACAAUGUGCUGUACAUUCGUUGAGUGGUGGUCCUGAUGGGUAA